UGGAGAAACUCGUUGACUCUUAAAGCACAUCCAUUUGGCACUAUCAAUAGUUGGCGGACUGCGUUAGGAUCGGCCAAGCAAGAUGGGUUAUUCCGAAAAGCAGACGUUCCAAAUCCACGAGGACCACGACGAUGGCAAGGUUCACUUGUCACAGAAUCAGGUCAUCAUGGUCGGUGUCCUGAUCGUCGCGGUCACCGUCGGGGUUGGUCUCCUUUGUUUCUACGUUCCCGACAGAAGCUGCGGAGAUCAUGUCAUCAUACCCCACUCCACACCGGCUGGAGAAAAGACCGAUCCCCCGACGCAAAGAUCGACUACAACGGAAGGCAGCGAUGUGACAGAACCUGAAAAGUCCACCACCACCACCACCACCACCUCAACCACGACAUCCGAACCCAAAUCGACCAUGUUAUCAACAGCAGGCCCUCCAGGACCAUGGCCUGGUCGAUUAAGUAGAGAAGUGGUGCCAGAGUCGUACGAGCUCUACCUCAAACCCUACAUCUACGAGGAUGACGUACCGGCUGGGAGUAAGAGGUUCACUUUCGACGGCGACGUCAUUAUCCGUGUGAUAUGCAACAACGCUACAAGUCGCAUCACUCUCCAUGCUGAUAACAUCACGAUCAACUCUAUCAGUGUCACUGUGAUGGGAGACGCCGUCGAUAUUUAUAGUGAUCAUGACUUUCAAACCGAAUACGAUUUCCUCCACAUCGAUCUCAAGCAAGAACUGGUUGUCGGUGGGGUAUACGACAUCGAUAUUGACUAUAUUGGUGAACUGAGUGAUGGACUUUCGGGGUUCUAUCGUACGAGUUACCUGGAUGACAGUGGGACAGAAGUCUGGGGAGCCACAAGUCAGAUGCAGCCAACAAGCGCAAGGAAAGCUUUGCCCUGUUUCGACGAGCCAGCUUUCAGAGCUGUUUUCAACACGACUAUAGAACAUCGUUCGGACAUGGCUGCUCUUUCAAACGGUAUCGAAAUCCUUCAAGAAGAACUAGAAGCUGGUUGGAACAGGACCACUUAUCUUCCAACCCCUAAAAUGCCCACCUAUCUUCUCGCCUUUACCGUCGGCUACUUCGGAUAUACUGAAACAACGACAACAAAUGGUGUUCGAUUCCGUGCAUGGUCGAGACCCGAAGCCGUAAACAGCACCUACUAUGCACUGUACACUGGCUCCGAAAUCAUCACUUAUUUCGAAGAGUAUUUCAACAUUAGUUUCCCUCUUGAAAAGCAAGAUAUGAUUGCAGUACCGGACUUUUCGGCUGGCGCCAUGGAGAAUUGGGGGUUGAUCAUAUACAGAGAGACCGCCAUGUUAUACAACCCAGAGGUAAACUCAGCUGUCAACAAGCAACGUGUCGCCACUGUGGUCUCCCAUGAACUUGCUCACCAGUGGUUCGGUAAUCUUGUUACUCCUAAAUGGUGGGAUGAUCUCUGGCUCAAUGAAGGAUUCGCAAGCUACGUGGAAUACCUUGGUGUCGAUCAUACAGAGCCUGAAUGGGGCAUGCAUGAACAGUUUCUGGUCAUGGACUUACAGCCAGUCUUUAAGCUUGAUUCACUUGGAACUUCUCAUCCCGUUCGGGUCGAUGUGGGUGCUCCGUCGGAAAUCAAUGAAAUAUUUGAUUCCAUUUCUUACAACAAGGGUUCUUCCAUUAUAAGGAUGCUGAAUGAUAUCCUGACCGAGGAGGUGUUCACACAAGGUCUGACAGCUUAUCUCAAUGAACACGCCUAUGGCAAUGCAGACUCGGACGAUCUUUGGAGAGCCCUGACCAAGGCUGACGAAGGACACGGUGGUCGUGACGUGAAAGCCAUCAUGGACACCUGGACAUUGCAAAUGGGAUACCCUUUGAUCACCCUAGAACGAACGGAUCGAAGGACCGUAAUGGCUCAUCAGGAGCACUAUCUAUCGAACCCCUCUGAGGGCGUCAGUGACAAAUAUGGAGAUGUUGGGUACUUGUGGCAAGUUAACCUCCAGUAUACGGACAAGACACACAAUAACUUUGAAAUGCCAAAUUCUGUUUGGAUGGAGAAAGAACGAUCUAUCGAUUUCAACCUCACAGAUGGGGUUGAUGAAAACGAUUGGUAUUUGGUGAACACGUACCAGUAUGGCUACUUCAGAGUCAACUAUGAUGAUGAAAACUGGAUGAGGAUAACAGAUCAACUAAUUACCAAUCACACGGUAUUUCCCAAUGAAAAUCGUGGUCAGUUGAUUGACGAUGCGUUUACCCUCGCACGCUCUGGGAACCUUUCGGUGGAAACGGCGCUUAAUCUUACUAGAUACCUUGGAAAUGAGGAAGACUAUAUACCAUGGGAUGCAACACUGGAUCACAUGGCGUAUAUCACCAACAUGUUCAGACUUAGUGGAGGCUACGGUCCUCUUGAGUUGUACAUGCGAGACCUGUUGCAACCUCUAUAUGAGUCUCUGGGAUGGGAUGACUCAGAUAACGUACUUGAACAGUAUACUCGGAACAGUGCCAUUCGUAUGGCCUGCUACUAUCGCGUUAGUGACUGUCUGGAUGAGGCGUCCCGUAUAUUCCAAAGCUACAUGGAUAAUCCCGAGAACAAUGUGAUUAGCAAUAAUCUAAAGACCACUAUAUGGUGUAAUGGUAUCCGUGAAGGCGGUCAGACUGAAUGGGAGUUCGGUUGGAAUCAGUACCUUACAUCUAAGGAUUCAUCAGAGAAGUCAAGUUGGUUGUCAGCUCUGGGUUGUUCUAGACAGCCAUGGAUUCUUAACCGAUACCUGAUGUACACUAUAGAAGAAAACAGUAAAGUUCGUAACCAGGAUGUCUCAGCCGUACUUAGUGCAGUGGGCAGCAACCAUGUAGGAACCGAUCUCAUGUGGGACUUCAUUCGGACUGAAUACGACAAGAUCUUUGAACUAUUUUCAAGCAGUAUAUUCACCUUUGCUGGAAUCAUAUCUCGCGUACCACAAAACUUCAACACGAAGCAACUCUUAGACGAGUGGAUCGAGUUCGGUGUUGGGAGAGACUUUGGCCCUGCAACGAGAACCUACGAACAAGGCACUGAAACAAUCAAAAUUAACAUACAAUGGAUGGAGAAUUUUGAGGACGUAAUCACCGAAUGGUUAGAGAGUUCUGUGAUGAACAUGUAGAAAGCAGUUACCAUCACAGCCGUCAACUUAUUCACACGGACGUACGGUGGUGGGCAUUAGACCCCGACCCUAUUUUCCAAAAUAUAUAUUUUGAGGAUGAUUUUUUUUCUCAGUAUCACGAUGCCCGUUUAGUUUACAAGAGUAUCUGGCUAAUACAAAGUUUUUAAUAUGACAAUGCUAAAAAAGAAUAUUACAAAAAAAAUCUAUUUGCAAAAGCGCUUGCUUUUAUCGCUCGCAAAUAUUCAGAAGUAGUAUAUCAUAUCCGGAAUGCAGCCCCUCAAAAAGUUCAUCUCAUUUUGCAACUACCCCUUGGUGGUAUCAAAGUAAUUUCAAUAUGAUCUCACAACUGUAAAUGAGUGUUAUUCUCCCGUUGUUAGUAUUGCAUUUGGUUGAUUCAUGCUAAUUUAUCAGGGAAAUAAAAAUCGCUCUGUUGAAUUUGUCAUUGUUUGAUAUAAGAAGCUUCUGUUUGAAGCUCAUAGGUGUACGGACGUCUAAAUUUUUCAUGUAAUAUCUGUAUAUUUUAAUCUCGUAAGACCACAUGCUCUAUUGAA